GAGUGAGCUCAUUUUUAAAAUGCCAGACUAAAAGUUUUUGGCACGAAAGUAAUGAUAUUAUCAAAAUAAUAAGUGUUUUGCAGGUGCUGUAAAAUAUUCUGUUUAUCGAAGUCUUUUCAUAAAUUAGGAACAAAAUGAUGUUGUUGUGAUUAAAAAGUUGAGUGAAGAAAAAUGUUUACAGCUAGUACUUUAAAAAGUAGGUAGUAAGUAGUGUGUCUUCUCAUCUCAAUUACAGGACGAUUACAUUUAACUAAAAACAAUGUGUUUAUCAGAGUGUAACGCAACGAGUUCUACAAGUGCGGACAAUACAGGAAGGACAAUAGACGUCCAGGGAUGCGCCUAGCUCGCCCACACUGUUCAGAUCGCAUGCGCCGUCGGCCACGCAGGCGCGCUACACCUCUUACCCCCGAAUAGAACGUACAGACCAAACUUUCCCUUCGUGCGAGGCUUUGUUUCCUCCAAAGUUUUUUUACCCGCUGCAUUUAUAAUAUCUUUUUGGUAACGUAAGGAACAUAGUUUACUCCGUAUACUGAACUAGGAGGAGUCUGAAAUACUUGCGAAGUGAAGGAGGCUUCAGGAUGGCAGGUAUCCACGAAGAGUUGCGACGCGCAACAAGUAGCGGGUUACACUCGCUGCAAGAUAAGUGCAGCUGGGCUGAUCUGUUUAGCAAGGACGACAGGCAGUUACUUGCCGACAGAAUGCUUCUUAUCAACGCAGCGACCAUAGCAGCGACCACCGGGCUGCUGUACUUCUGGUCAUUCUUAGCGCUGGAAAACCAUAUCAACGAGUGCAGCUACAGAAACCUGUACAACUACGCCUUCUCUAUGCAUUUGCGACUCAUAUUACCAAUCAUCGUCAACUUCAUGUACCAAUUCUUUAAUGUCUGGUUCCUCUCCGGCUACAACCGCGCUUUAAUUGAAACCUACCUGCAAGUUUUGGAGAUUGAGGCCCUCACCCACCUGUGCAUUGAGCGAUACGUCUACGCAAAGUACAACACCAACGGAUGGCAGAUCAACAGGGACCACUAUGUACUGUAUAUAUAUUUAUGCUUCUUCUUCGCUGCGUUGUAUUCGUUUUCACCGUAUUAUGGAAUAGGAGACUACGCCCCGGACUUCGCUUGUGAUAUUUACACCAUGGAUAUGAUACUACCGAAUUCCUGGAAGCGAUAUGCUGUUCUCACCAUAUUUUUUCUUAGAAGCGUGAAGCCGAUAAUUAUGUGUGCAUGCAUGUUGAAAUGGGCUCGUGAACUGGAAUUGAAGUACACUCCUCAAAUGAAGAAACGGGGCGAUGUGCAUUACACCCAGUUGGUGAUCAGGAUCGCGAUGUGGAACUUCUGCCUUUGGAUGCCGUUGGCCUUCGUGAGGGGAUUCGUGCUGGUCACUCAGCUGAUGUGGGGAGAAAUAAUGGUCCUGCACCCUGACACUAUCUCUUGGGCGAAGUGGAUAUACGAGGUGUCCCCGGUGUGUGUGACGGUACUGAUAGUCAUGGAGAACAUUCGCAUGAGCGGGGUUGCUGUGAAUUCUUCUGGCAACGAUGAGACUGGAACCGAGCUUAAACAGGAAUAAGGGAUCAACACGAUCAGAUACGAUACGACGGACCGUUGAACUUAUAUUCCAUUGAAUAAUGUGUAUUUUAAUAAACUUCGUAGAUUGUAGUAUAUUUGGAUAUUUUAAAUGUUGUGAACAAAAACGGAACAUCAAUUCCAAUAUGUUAUAUUAUUACACAUGUUUUAACCUCAAUGUACAAUUUUAUCGUAUUAGAUACGACUUAAAGAAUUUCAACAAUAUAUUACAAAGAGACAAAUAAUUUGUACGAAGAAUAUAGCACAGUUCAGUUGUAUGAUACAUUGAUCGAUUACCUAAUUCAGUCAGAUAGAGCAUGUAUAUUAUGUACAUCAAUAUACAAAAGGGAACGGGGUUUAUGGAUCGCUAAUGAACACAAGUAGAAAGAUAUACUUACAAAUCAAAUUGAAUAGAUAGAGGUCUUAAGUUCUAGAUCACAUACAAGCACAGAUUAUGCUUCGAUAGGUACUCUUGGAUCUCAUACACUAGCCUCGAUUGGUCCACGAUAAGGCCAUGGUGAAGUAACCCUCGAUGUUUAAUAUUGUAUCAAUAGAUUAUUAGUAAUACGCAGUAUGCGUGUUGAACCCUAUUAUUAUUGCACUAGACAAAUCAUUUGGCUAUCCGAAAAAUAUUUCGAAAUGUAUUUUUAUUAACUUUUUACAAAAUUAUUUGGCGGAAGCAUAGUUGGGUGCGUUCAGAUCUA